AUGCUAGGCAAUGGAGGACGUUAUAGGACCAAUUUUAGAUCUGAAAGUAACGAUUCCAUUCGUUUAACUCCUUCCAAAUUUCGAGGGUUUUCCCCUUCACAGAAUCUUUCUUCGAGUAAUGUUCCCAGCACUUUGAGCCGUACGUCCAGUGCGUCCUCAUCUGCGGCUUCUUUGGCUGAUAUGGUUGGAAAUAGCGAACGUCCCGAUUCCAGUCUCGCUUUUCCCUAUUCAAGAAGUCACAGACAUGCCUCGUCGAACAGCGACCUUACUUCCAUGGAGGGCACUCCUGUUCAUAUUAAAUCUACCUCUGCAGACGACUCUUUUUCUACGCAGCAAAGAUCCCGAAAAGAUAAUGCUAGUUGGAGAUCCGGUGUCAGUGAUCAAUACUACAAACUUACCACCACCCCACACGAUUCCCUCGGUCGUAGCAGCUACUCUCAUAUGCGUGGGAGCAGUGGAAGCCUUAUAACGCCAGUUGCAGAAUACCCUGAAGGCCCACCUGCCUCUUCGUCAAGGCGCCAUGGUGGUUCCAGAUCUGCAUCUAGUUUGCCUUCCGUUGUUCCUACGCAUUCAGGCUCUGCGUCCAUUCGUCAACCACAAGUCCACCCUGCUUUUCUAGCCGAAGUUUCUGCAGAGUUCCGUAAGCGUCUCGUAGUAGGGGAUCGAGUCAAAGAUGGUUUACUGUACAAGGAUGCAUUCUUGGGCUGCGAAGCUGUCGAUGUAUUAUUGCAAAUCAUUCGAACCACUGAUAGAAACUUGGCUUUACUUUUAGGACGGGCAUUGGAUUUCCAAAAACUAUUUCACGACGUUACUUACUCUCAUCGUUUGCGUGAUUCUCGUAGAGAGGUUUAUCAGUUUCGAAGAACCCUUCCCCCUCCAGAAGCUAUGGCGUCGAUAUCACCAGUCAUCGCAUCCUAUGAAAACCAUUUUGUCUAUCCUAAAAAAAGAACUUCAACUUCCGACUCUGUUGAUACCAUGGUUUCUGAGAAUUCUUAUGCUCCAUCUUCAUCUGUUCAACCUAAUAAUCAUAUACCUUAUUUGAAUUCCACGAAUCCCUCGAUCAUAGGUCUGGAGUCUGAUGAAGAACUUGAAGCUGAAAAGGAUCCGAAAGGAAUCUUCACAAUCCUUACUGAUUGUUACUCUCCAACAUGCAGUAAAAACCGCUUGUGUUAUUCCAUCUCUUGCCCACGCCGCUUGGAGCAACAGACUCGUUUACAUAUGAAGGUGCAGCCUAUACUCAAAGCCGGUGCUUCUUACCUGUUAGAUAAGCAGGAAGAGGACCAUCGUCUUUGGGCUGACAAUGUGCCCAAGCAUAUCGUUGAGCAAAUAGAUCAUCGUGAAUGGAAGAGACAAGAGGUUAUAUUUGAGAUCAUCUAUACUGAACGCGACUUUGUUCGAGACAUUGAAUAUAUCCGAGACUUUUGGAUAAAACCCCUUUCUUCUUCUAAUGUAAUUCCCGAAAAGUUUCGACAACCGUUCAUUAGGACAGUUUUUCAUAAUAUUAUGCAAGUGCACGCAGUUAAUUCAAGGCUUUCCAAUGCACUCAAUAGGAUGCAGACUUUGCAACCGGUUGUUCAUACUGUUGGUGACAUAUUUUUAGAUUAUGUCCCCAAGUUUGAACCUUUUAUUAGAUAUGGUGCUAAUCAGACUGUCGCAAAGUUUGAGUUUGAGAGGGAAAAAGGUUCUAAUCCCACAUUUGCGAAGUACACUCAUGAAGUUGAAAGACUUCGUGAGUCAAGAAAGUUGGAACUUAAUGGAUAUUUAACAAAGCCAGUUACAAGACUAGCAAGGUAUCCGCUUCUGUUGAAUGGGGUUUUGAAGUAUAGUGAACAAGGUAAUCCCGAUUUAGAAAAUAUCCCCAAAGUAAUCGAAAUGCUGCGUGAAUUUUUAACCAAGCUUAACUACGAAACAGGUAAAACCGAGAAUCGUCUUGCUUUACUCCAACUAAAUGAGCAACUUGCAUGCAGUGACUUUGAGAGGCAACGCAUUGGUUUACUUGAUGACUCUCGUUUACUUAUUUUCAAAGGAACUGUCAAAUUAAAAGCUAGUGGAUACGCUUAUGGUGAUACGGAAAGCGACAUACACAUGUUUCUUCUAGAUAAUUAUCUGUUAUUGACUAAAUUGAAGCUUGACUUCAAACGCCAGCAACACAAGUUACAGUUGCGACCACUCCCUCUGGAGUUAUUGGUUAUUUCUUGCAUAGAUGACACUUCAUCUCGUGGUUCAGUAUCUCGUCGUCCAUCUUCUACUAUAUUAACAAAUCCGAUUUUAAUUGCGAAAGGUACUUCAUCUUCGCCUCUCAAAUCUUAUGGCCUACAUUUGCAGCUUCUUGGGUCUCGUGGUUUUCAUAUUGAUUUAUACUUAAAUACCUUAAUAGCACGCGACCAAUGGAAACUGCAUAUUGAACGCCAGCAGCAAUCAUUGUUUACAAAACGUCUAAUUUUUGAAACGGUCGGUCUGUGUAAUGAAACUUAUUUUAUUAAUAACAAAGUUACUUCUGCGAUAACUUAUGAUGCUGGACGAAAGAUAGUUUUUGGCACUUAUAGAGGUUUAUAUUUAUCGUCACGGAAAGGUAGCAACGGCGUUUGUCUAGAGCCCACACUUAAGAUUCCAUUAACGAACAUCUCGCAAGUUGAUUUGAUUGAAGAGCAUAAUUUGUUGCUUAUUGUAGCUGAUAGAACACUGUUUGAGUGUUCGCUUGAUUUGCUUGCUACUGCAGAACAAAUCAGCACAAAGAGCCUUCGCCGUAUUACUGGCCACGUAAGCUUUGUGAAGAGCGGAUUCUGUUUGCAAAGAGUGCUUGUAUGCGCUGUAAAGUCUACAGUUUUAAACACAACGCUCCGAAUUUUCGAAGCGGAUAGUACGUCGAAGAGUAAGCGGUCUCAGUCAUUGAAGAAAACAUUUGGAGGUUCUACGAUACUAAAAAUAUUUACUGAAUUGCAAAUGCCAAUGGAAGCCCUUUCUAUACACUUUUUGAAGACAAAGCUUUGUGUGGGCAACACGAAAGGGUUCGACAUUGUCAGUCUCGAAAGCGCCGUAUUUCAAUCGUUGUUGAAUCCAGCGGACACCUCGUUUCGAUUUCUAGAAAAGAAAGAGAAUGUGCGUCCGAUUGAAAUGUUUCGGUUGAAAGGUGAAUUUUUACUGUGCUAUUCCGAGUUUGCAUUCUUUGUAAAUACGAACGGCUGGCGUAGUCGCCAAGGUUGGUUAAUUCAUUGGGAAGGACAACCGUUAAGUUUUGCACUUUGCUAUCCUUAUCUAUUAGGUUUUGAGCAAGAUUUUAUUGAAGUUCGACAUGCCGAAACAACAGAGCUUGUUCAGAUUAUUAAGGGACAAAAUAUUAAGCUUCUAACAGAUGGUCGAGGCCUAAUUAGUGAGGGUGGAGAAAUCUUGUACAGUACGGAAGGAAAUUCAUUGAUUAAUCCGGAAGACAGAGAUGUUGUUCGUUCUUUGAUUCUUCCAUCGCAUAAUGCAGCUGGCCCUGCUUUGUAA